CACAUUAAAUAAUAUAUUUAGCACUUACUUGCUCUAAAUACACUAUUUUUUUAAAAUAAAUAUAGGGUGUAAAAAGAUGGAAAAUGAACCUAGUCCUCUCGAAAAUAUUGUGAAAGUAAUUCUUUAUUAGAAUUUUAUUUAUUAUUAUUAUUAUGAGGUUUUUAAACUGUUUAUCUUUAUUGUGUGCUAAAACUUUAUCUUAUUCUGUGCGAGUACAAUGUAUGUAUUUACAUAACACCAUGUUGAAGCACAGCAUCAAUUCUUUAAACCUUCUCAAAUUGCAACAUUUGUGCAGGGAACAUUAUGGUAGAAUUCAUUUUUCGAUCGGCUUGUGUGCAAAAUCUUUUCGCGAGACAGAAAAUGAAUACGCUCAUGAGGUAUUGCAGACGAUUCCUGCAUACGCCAAAUCGACAGUCAAACAACCAGUUGCAUUCGGCGUGAGUGAUUAUUCAGAAGGCAAUAAAGAACUCUCUGAAUUCGCAAAGGUAACUAUGCAUUGCAUGUCUCUAAACAUUAACUUAGAAGAGGGUCCUUUUUCUUUACCAGUGUUAAAUCUAAUCAAACGUCUUCCUAGUUUAUCAGAUGAAAACCUUUUAAAAUGCCUUUUUUUGUUGUGUUGCUUGCCUCCUACUCCCAAAACAUGGACGCCCAAUUUCAAAGCUCUCUGGAACAGUUUGGAUUCUGAGUGCGUCAAGAGAUUGCCAACUUGGAGUACAUCUCAAAAACUGUUAGUGGCUGACUAUUGGUUUCAUUUGAGACUGAAUAGGAUAUCGCAGUAUAAUAGGAACAUGAUAGACAACCUACUGCAGAGACUGAGCGGUUUGACCGAUGCCGAGAUGGUGCAGCUCAUGUUUUACAUCAAUCUGCAGAGGGAGCUGCGACUCGAUUCUUCGGAAUCUUUGAAAGUGAGGCUUGUACCAGUGGUGAAAAAUAUUUCCAUCGACGAGUUGGGAAUCGUCUGCUUGGGUUUCUUCAAGACUAAAAAUAAACUGAAUGACAUUUCUGUCAUAAAAAUUAUAAUCGAAAGAUUCAUUGACGAAAUCGAAGUGGCUAAAAAUUUGACGCUCGUAUCGUUGCUGAAGUUUUUAAAAAAAAGCAUCCAACUCUCUUAUACAGAGAUGUACAUACCCUUGCUACACAAAUGUACAGCUUACACGUGUCGAUGGGACGUCCACACGUGUAUCCAUUUAGCUCUCUUGGCGUCUGAAUGCCACGUUUAUCAUCCACUACUCUUAGAUUCUAUAGUGGAAAGAUUAUGCUCCACUAUCGAACGUGCACGUCUGAAAGACAUGAUGAAAUUGUUACAGUGUCUGUCCCAUUUCAACCACCACCCCCCACAAAAAUUCAACUCGUUGCUUUUUUCCGAAAUACGGAAAGAAUCCAGACGAGACGAAAUAGCACAUCAGCCUAGAAUUUUAAUAUACAUAGCACUGUAUUACUCUUAUGUCGGUCAUUAUAACCACACGCUUCUGAAUGUCGUUCUGGACUCUGAUUUUGCGCAGAAAUGCAUCUUGGCUUUUCCAGAAACGGAAUUGACGUUUGCAGAGGUGGACUGCUGUACGGAAAUCGAAUGCAAGGAUUACACUGGGAACAGAUUGGGUAGACAUUUCUGGACUGUUCUGGAAAAACGAAGGGGGAGUGUCGACGUGAAAAAGCAAAACGCCUUCACCCGGCUUCUCGGGGAAACACUCUCUGCAUUUACGUCGAAAGAAAAUAUCGAGGUGAAGCAUACAUUGCCCCACAUGUUUUCACCCGACAUAGUUAUUCGGGUGUCUGGUGAUCAGAAGUCAUGUGACAAAGAUAUUUUAUUUUCCCCACCAAAAGAAGAAAAAUGGGCAUGCCUCGUGAUGGGAGUUCCGUAUUCGUUUGCCUACCGUUCGAGGCACCGAACGGGCGUGACGGCAAUGAAGAUGAGACAACUUGAAAAACUGGGUUAUAAGGCAAUAUUGAUACCACAUUACGAACUUCCUCGAGAUAUCGAAAGGAGAAAGAAAUAUUUAGAGAGAAAGUUGAGAUGUAUAGGAGUUUGUUGCAAUCUUUUUUAAUGAUGUUAUAAAAAUAAAGGACAUCACAUUGUUUCA